AAGCGGCCGCAGGGCGGCUGCUACCUGCUGGCCCCUUUCCUCUCGGACCCUUGACCCUCAGAUACUCAGAGCCAUGUCCCUGCCGGUGCUCCCGGGCUACGGCUUCGAGCGCUAUGUGAGAGAGGACAAGUACAAAAGAGUGUUGGUGUCUGAAGUUCAGCAUGGAAGACGUGAGAUGCUGCCUUACGGGCCAAAGAAGAAGCCUAAUCACAGUGCAUAUCAUUCAGGAGAGGGAGGCACACUACCAGCCUGGGUAGCUUUUGAUAAACACGUAUUAGCUUUUGAUGCAUAUGAAGAAGCUGAAAUGGAUGAUAAAAGGCAAGAAGCCUAUAGAAUAAGACGGUAUAAAAUCUACUUCUACCCUGAAGAUGACACAAUUGAAGUAAUUGAACCAUUUGUAGAAAAUAGCGGACUGCCUCAAGGGACUUUUAUCCGGCGUCACCGGAUUCCUCUCCCACCUCCUAAUGUUGAAAAGUUUUAUACUGUAUUUGAUUUCAAUAUCAACAUAGAUGUUGUCUUUUAUGCCCGGACUUUCAAGAUUUAUGACUGUAAUCCAUUCACAAAAAACUUCUUGAAGAAAAUAGGAGUCAGAUUAAACCCCCCGGGAAAGUGUCCAGAUGAUCCGUACACAAAGAUGCGGAGAGAGAUACUAGACUACGUGCAGCCUUUACGUCACUAUGAUUACUCCGACACCCUGAAAAACUUCCUUAACUAUGAUGGGAAGGUUUUGCGCUUCUACUGCAUGUGGGAUGACUCCGGCUCAGUUUUUGGGGACUAUAGACAACUCAUCUUGCAUUACUUCUUGACUGAUGGUACUAUUGAAAUCAAAGAAUUUCUGCCCCAUAACUCAGGCCGGGAUCCUAUGGCAUUUUUCCUCGUGAGGGGAAAGCUGCCCAAGUAUGGCCCACCUGGAGCCCAUCAACCAGGAGACGUAACAGAUAAAAUAGUUCUCAAUGUGUAUCAUGGCUAUAAAGUAAGCCGAGUGCAUGGCUACCUGUUGGAUAAAUUCAAGGUGGCAAAAUUAGAACAAGAGUUUUACAAAGAUACUGACCUGAAAAUAGGAGCCACCAUCAAUGUGUGGGGAAGAAAAGUGCUCCUUUGUGACUGUGAUGAAUUUACGAAGACUUAUUAUAAGGCUAAAUAUGGAAUUGAGAACUUUAACUCAAUUCCAUGCAAGCCUCCAUCUCCUCCAAAAAUAGAAAGGAAAUUUCCACCUUACACCGGUUUUGGUUCUGAAGAGGAUUCUCUCCGCUCCUGCAUAAACCUCGUGCCCGUAAUUCGUCCUAAUGUGGAGGCCUUUAAGAAGGGCAUAGAAAAAGACAGCUUUGGCAAUGAAAGCAAUACACUCCGGUUCUUUGCAAAAAUGACUAAGGACAAAAGGGCCAAUGUGGAUAGGCUGUUUGUUAUUUCAUAUUUUCUUGGCAAUAACACAAUGUCAGUGUUUGAACCCAUAGAGAAGAAUUCAGGAUAUACUGGUGGAUUGUUCUUGAAAAGAAUACGCGUUAAGAGGCCUGGACAAGAAUUUUUUAAAAGUGAACUAUCAGAAUAUAUCCAGCCCGAGGAGCUGUAUAUCGGAGCCACAAUAAACAUGAAUGGCUACCUGUUUACGUUGCUCAAUGCUGAUGAGUACACCUUAAAAUUCAUGGAGGAGAAUUCAGAUAAGUUUCCUUAUAGCAACCUUGAAUGUGCCCUACAAAAGCUGAAAGCUGAAAAAUCGAAAUCCAGAGAGAUCAAGCAGGUAUUUAGGGCUAUUGAUUGUCACUUCACAAAGAUGGUGGAUUAUAAUACAUUCAGGUAUAGUGGAAAUAGGCAUUUAGGAAUCACUGAUUAA